AAACGUAAAACGAAAACGAGUAAAGUGAGAGAGGGUGAAGGGCCGCUUCCCAUUCAUUAGCAAAAUGUAGAUUAGGUGCCGUUUGAGAAGCAGACAUCCGGGUUCAGCUUCACCCUCUUCUCUGUCUUUUUUUUUUUUUUCGGGGCCUGAGCUUCAACUUCAUUUGCUAAUUGCUUCCUUUACAGUUUUCGGGGUCUCCCACUUUUCUAAUGCUCGCCUUCAAUUCAUUAGGAAUGUCUUCUUUACUCUCUUCCUUGAAUCAUACGUCAAACAUUGAUUCAAGGCCACUUUUGAGCAAUGUGGUGGAAUUCACUCAUUAUCCUCCAAGCCCACCAAAAGUGCAUCAUCAAAUAUCUGUGGCGAAGAUUGUGACUCCCAAAUUAGAUUUUAUUUGUUCAUCUCAAAGGGUUUGCCCUGGGGAACUGCUUAUUGCCGCUUAUGAUGGGGAGACAUCUGGUGCUGGUGAGUAUAAUCAGUCAAAAGUCAGCGUUGGUUCAUCUGAAAGGACAAUAUUGAACAUUGGGAAUGAAGUUGUUGGUUGUAGCGACUCUGUAGAAACUCUGGAUAGCAAAAUGCUUAGGGAGAGAAUUCGACGGACAAAAUAGGACUAGCUAACAAGGGAAAAGUGCCUUGGAACAAAGGGAGGAAGCACACCGCAGAGACCCGGGAGCGAAUCAAGCAAAGAACACUGGAGGCAUUGAGAGACCCUAAGGUGAAGUCAUGUUCGGAACAAGAUGUCUGAACAUCCUCGCUCUCAUAGUGAUCAAAUCAAGGCAAAAAUAAGUUCUUCACUUAGAUAUGUUUGGCAAAAGCGCUUGAAAUCAAAGAGAUUGAAGGAGCAGUUUCUCCUUUCAUGGGCACAAAGCAUAGCAAAUGGAGCUCGGAAAGGAGGAAGUGAUGAAGAAGAGCUAGAUUGGGAUAGCUAUGAUAAGAUAAAACAACAAUUGCAGCACCAUCAACUGCUAUGGGAUAAGCAAAAAGGAAAAGGAAAGCAGAUUGCCAUUGCUGGAGCAAAGAAAUUCAUGGAGUCAUGGGCUACAACCAUAGCCACAGCAGCUAAAAGGGGAGGGAAAGGUGAGCAAGAAUUAGACUGGGAUAGCUAUGAAAAGAUAGAACAGGAAAUGGCUCUCCAGUAUCAGCUUCAGCAAUCUGCUGAAAAGGCAAAAGCAAAUGAAAUGGCAAGGAUAAGAGCUGAGAGAGCAGCGCAGAUAAGAGCAAUAAAAAAGAUGAUGCUCACACAAAAGAAAAGAGAGCAUGACGAGAGGGCUAAGGCUCCAUGGAAUAUAAACGCUCAGUCACAUGGAAAAGCAAAAGAAGUCAAAGGUGACUUAGAGGUUCCAGUAGAUUUUACGCUUAACUCGAAACUAAAGUUUUGCAUAAGGGAGAGCACUAAUGAUCAAGAACAUAGGGAAGGAAAUGUUCUGAAUUCCAUUUUUCCAAACUCUAAGAAAUUGGAUCUGGAGCUCAUCAAGAAGGAAAAAAUGCGGAAGGAAAUUUCGCUUGCAGAUCAGAUCCAAGCUGCUAGGAACAAGAAGGGCAAAAUUCAUUAAGGGUCUUCUAUACCCAGAUUAUUCUACAUGAGAGGUGAGAUACAUAUUAUAUUUUGUAUUUUGAAGAUGACAAUUAAUAACUUUAAGUAGGACUCACAAAUCUUUAUUCAUCUACCACUCCACAUGAAGAGGGACUUCUCCAUUUUGACU